AAUGGACCACCCUGUCCCUCCCACAAUUUUUCUCUUCCUUGUUGUCCUCACCACUGUAAAAAGGUACACAAAAAGCACCCAAUGAGAGAGAAGAGACAGAUGGAAAUUUAUAUAAACAGAGUUGAAGAAGCGCUUUAUAUGCUCCACCAUUGAUACAAAACAAGUACAAGCCGCAUUCCUUGCUCUCUCCCCCAAAACCCCCCACCUAAAUUGCUUCCACUGCCAACACCCUCUCUCUCUGUCCUUUGCCAGGGAUCCCCAAACCUCCUUUGUGGAUCCCAGGCAGAGGCUUCAUUCUUCCAUCACUUUCUCUCUCUCUAUCACUUUCUCUCUCUAUAUCACAAAAACACGACAAUUGUUUUUGUUGUAGUUGCAGUCUCAAUCUCCAGAUUUUCUGCGUCUCUUCUCUGUGCUGUGUACUAAGUAUCUUCUCUUUUAGAUGAAUUAAUACAAAAAAAUGUUUUAAAAAAAUUGAACAGAAACAAAACCCAGAAAUCCUUUUGACCCACCAACAUAUACUAGCAGACAUUGACAUUCAUACACACAAAUUGGGUUGUGUUGGUGAUUGUGGUGUUUGCUCUGUUUUAGUUGUUUUCGAGUUAUGAUGAUGAUGCCCUUUAAUGGAGUGGCAUCAAAUAGCGAAGAAGGUGGAUCCACAGAAUCAAGCAGUGGUGUUGGUGGAAGCAGAGUAGGUAGAGGAAUCGGUGGUGGUGGUGGUGGUGAAGACGGAUCUAAUUGGAGAAAGGGGCCGUGGACGACGGCAGAGGACGCAAUAUUGGUGGAGUAUGUGAGGAAGCAUGGAGAGGGGAAUUGGAAUGCGGUGCAUAGGAACACUGGGUUGUUCCGGUGCGGCAAGAGCUGCCGUCUACGGUGGGCCAACCACCUCCGACCCAACCUCAAGAAAGGCGCCUUCACCCCUGAAGAGGAACGCCUCGUUGCGGUUCUUCACUCCAAGUAUGGCAACAAAUGGGCCCGCAUAGCCACCCAGUUACCCGGGAGAACAGACAAUGAAGUCAAGAAUUACUGGAACACACGAAUCAAGCGCCGGCACCGACAAGGUUUGCCUCUGUAUCCACCAGACAUUGAUCCCAGACAACCUUCUCCAUCUCCACCACCACCGCAACAACAACUAAUGUCAUCACCGUCCUCCACCACCAGCCACCACCAAUCAUUCUCUGCCCCCACAACCCCCACCUCCUCAUUCUCCUUCCAAACCCCUCUCUCUACCCCUUCCUCCUUGAACACUUUCUCUCAAUUCGACUUCUUCCUCCCGCCUCGCCCCGCCCCUCUCCUCCUCCAGAGUCCCCUCCGUUACAAGCGACUCCGCCCCGACGACCCCACCCCCACCACAAAUCACGACAACAACAAUAUCAUUGAUAAUACUAAUUUCUUGCUUCCUUUGUCACCGAUGUCCACUCGGGCUCUUUUGUCUCACCAGUUAUCAGCCUCUAGUCCAUCCUUGUCCCAAUUGGGAUUGAAUUCUGUUGGUUCUGGCGGGAAUUCAAGUCCUAUUUUGACAUCCAAUCGAAAUGAUGGUAAUGGUGUUUUUUCUGAGCUCCCUUCAAGCCAAUUCUCCUCACCGUUCAUAUCGAAUCCGGAGAUGAACUUCUAUGAUUCCAAAUUCAACAAUGAGACUAGCAAUGGUGAUGUUGACAAUGGUGGUGGUUAUGGAAGUGGGUAUUUGGAAGAUUUGUUGCAGGAGACAGAAGUACUAGGAGGGGUGAAUGGAGAGGAUAUGAAGAUGAUGCAGAGUGAUUUGGACACCAAUGGUGAUGGUGGCGGCUGUGGAGGACAGAAUCACAAUUGCGAGGGAUUCCACGGGCAAUGGAACGAUUCCAUCAGCUCGUUUUCGCCACUUUCCGGACUAAAACAGAAGGAAGAACCAGCAAACCAGAUAAACUCGAUCCACGAGGACUUAUCGAAGCUGCUCAAUGUAAUUCCAUCCGGCGUUCAGAUCCCGGAAUGGUUCAGCGACAGUGGUGAGAACUCCAAUGGUCAAUCCUCGGUCGUAACAGCCGAUAAUACAGAGCUUGAGAUGCAGCAAAUAGCUUCAUUGUUUCCUAUUACUUCCACAACAGACCAUGUUGGGAACACUGGCUCCUGCUCUUGGGACAACUUGCCUGGAAUUUGCUAACAAGUGAUUGGGAAGAAAACUGGUACUUAAUUUUCACUGUGUUUGAUGGGUUUAUAAGAGUAUGACUCGUAACAUAUUCAAUCUGUUUUUGCUGUAAAUGCAUAACGAUGAAUGAAAUAACAGAUAAGUAUGUUUCUGUGCCUAA